AUGCAGGAUGAAUGGUUCUGGCGGAUACAAAAGGAUGGUGCACUGAGUCAAAGACCGCACCAAAUUGCUACACUGUGGAAUGAAGUGACUUGGCCAAUUGAUGCGGCUGUGGAAAGUGAUGACAAAAUUUAUUUCUUUGUUGGCAAGUAUUUUUACACUUUUGAUGGUCAGCGACUAAUAGCAAAGAAACCACUUACCGAGCUUGGCCUUCCUGCAACCGUAGAACGAAUCCGGCUUGUUUACGCGUGGAAUUACUGGACCGAGAAGCCGGUGUAUAUCUGGACAAAGAAGGAGUUCUGGAGAGUUGAUAAGGUACCAAGCAUAAUCAAUUUCAGUCAUUCACUUAUUCUGGUAACUUCAGAAUGUGUGGAGGAAUAA